AGCCGAAGGCGCUCGGGCUAGCGGCGGCCAUGGGGCAGAUCGAGUGGGCCAUGUGGGCGAACGAGCAGGCGCUCGCCGCCGGGCUCAUCCUGCUGACGGGCGGCAUCGUGGCCGUGGCGGGGCAGUUCAAGGGCUGGUACUUCGCGGCGUACUCCAUCGCGGCGGGCGUCCUGGUCUGCCUGCUGGAGUACCCCAGGAGCAAGAGGAAAAAGGGCUCCACCAUGGAGAGGUGUGGCCAGAAGUACCUGACAGCCGUGGUGAAGCUCUUGGGGCCCCUCACCAGGAAUUAUUACAUCCGGGCCGUCCUCCACGCCGCCCUGGCUGUCCCCGCUGGAUUCCUGCUCUCCACCAUCCUGGGCACCGUCUGCCUGGGCAUCGCCAGCGGCAUCUACCUGCUGGCUGCGGUCCGAGGGGAGGAGUGGAGACCCAUCGAGCAGAAGCCCCGGGAGCGGCCGCAAGUGGGGGGCACCAUCAAGCAGCCCCCCAGCAACCCCCCGCCCCGGCCCCCCCCCGACGCCCGCAAGAAGCAGCCGGAGCUGGGGGGGCAGGUGAACCCCAUCCCCGUGGAGGCGGAAUAGUGGGGAUCCCCCUGCCCCCCGCCCUGCUCCUGCUUCCCAGCUGCUCCUGGAUCUGCUGCAGCCACCCAUCGGGCUCCUGGGGAUCCCCAAAACCCCGGGGGUGCUGAGCCCCGUGCUGAGGAUGCCCAGCUCCUGGUGGUGCUCAGAUCCCUGGGAUCAUCACUUCCCCUGGGCUCCCCAAGGGGUUCCCAAAGCCCCAGUGAUGCUCUGGGGUCCCCAGCUGUCCUGGGGAUCCCCAAAUCCCCAGCAAUGCCCAGCUCCUUGUAGGAUCUCCAUCUCUUGGGGAUCCCCCAAUCCCCAGCAAUGUCCAGCUCCUUGCAGGAUCUC